AUUCCGAUUUAACACACACACACUCACUCACACACACAUAAAUUAUUUAUCUGCAAUAUGACAGUGAUAAAAAUAAUUAAGUAAAAAAAAAGGAUAAAGCACAGUUUAAUGACGUUUUGAUUUGAAAAAAAAAAAUAGAAAAACUAAACUGACAAGACAUAAAUAUUAAAUAAUUAAAAUAUAUUAAAACGUUUAUAUAAAAAUAAAACAAACAAGCAGUAAAUUUAUAGAUAAAAAAAAAAAAUAAAUAAAAAGUGAAUCAUCAAUAGACUGACAAAGAAUAUAAAUUCAAAAAUUAAUAAUUUAUAUAAAAAUAAUUAUAAACAAAGAGUGGCUUAUUUAAAUGUCAAAUUAAAAAAAAAUUUAUAUUUAUUUAAUAAGAUAUUGUUAAUUGUUAAAUUUAAAAAAAAAAAAAUAACAUAUUUUGGUGAUAAAAGACGUUUAAUUAUUUAUGGUUAUUGAUAUAAUGAUAAAUGAAAAUUUUUUCUGAUAAUUAUUAUUAUUUUAAAUAAAUAUAUAUUUUUUCAUGAUGAAACAUGGUUAUGUUCUUGAAGGGUUUUAAUAAAGUAUGUCUACAAUGUCACCAUCAGAGAGACGUUUAGCAAAAGAGCUUAUGGCUCUUGUACGUGAUCCACCACCAGGUGUACAAGUUGAUGAAGAUAUUGUUGGACAAAAUUUAACACAAUGGAUUGUACAUAUGGAAGGUGCUGAAGGUACACUUUAUGAAGGAGAAGAAUUUCAAUUGCAAUUUAAAUUCAGCUCAAAAUAUCCAUUUGAUUCACCAGAAGUUACAUUUAUUGGUGGUAACAUACCUGUACAUCCUCAUGUUUACAGUAAUGGACAUAUUUGUUUGUCAAUAUUGACUGAUGACUGGUCACCAGCAUUGUCUGUACAAAGUGUCUGUCUUAGUAUUGUAUCAAUGCUUAGUUCUUGUAAAGAAAAGAAACGUCCACCUGAUAAUUCAUUUUACGUUAAAACUUGUAAUAAAAAUCCAAAGAAGACCAAGUGGUGGUAUCAUGAUGACAGUGUGUGAUGAAAAAUAAUCCUUGACUUAAUCAACAAUAUUUUUCUUCAGGAUAGUCUUAAAAAAAAUAUGAAUAAAUAUAUUAUUGUAAUGAAAUAAUAAUAGCUCUGAUAAAUAUCUAACUUUAUGAUUUUAAAUCGAGUUUAAACUUAAAAAAAUUAUAUCAAAAGAAAAUAAUAAUAAACUGCCGACUCAUUCGUUGCUGAGUUUAUCUUAAAAAAUUUUCAAAUGCCGUUGCAUAAUUAUAAAAGUGAUAAAUUAGCUAGUUAGUUUAACUUGAGUUUUUUGUCAAAUGAAUAAUUUUAAUCUUGAAUAAUCAUAGUGAUAGAUUUAUGUUAUUUCAAUAUUUAAAAAAAAAAAUAUAAUGAAUAUUCAAGAGUUUUGAAAAAUUAUCAUUGUCAAGCAUUUUAAAUGUUGUUUAUUUGGAAUUAUUAGAAAAUUAAUGUUUACAAUAUACGAAUUUAAAAUUAUUAAUUAAAAAAAAAAAAACCAGAUUCCUGUAUUUAAUAAUAAUAAAAAAUUAUUUCCCAUAUU